GUUCACUCCACAUGCUCCACGUUACAAAAACACAAACAUCGAGGUGUGUAUGUUGCAUAUUAUACUAACUUUAAAUGGGAAGCAAGUUAAGUUGAAUAAUGGUUAAUGUUCGGCCAGGAAUGAGUGACUGACAUAAGUAAAGCAAAGCAUAAUUAAUAUUCCACCACGUACAGACCCGAUACUCAGCGACCAAUAAUCCCACCCGUGUGUACCAGAACAAGUUAGAACAAAAUCAAAAUGAUUGGCAGUCGUAAUGUUUGUCGUGGGGUCACCCGGCUACUAAGAAAUCGCGGAGCUAAUUUGGAUUCCACGCCAAAGAGGAAUCUCAAUUUAUUAGAAUACCAAAGCAAAGAAAUUUUAGCUGGUGCUGGUGUAGCCGUUCAGAAAUUUGUUGUGGUGAGCGAUAAGGCUCAAGUCGCCAAGAAGGUGGAUGGAUUCAAGGUUGAAGAAUAUGUUGUUAAAGCACAAGUCCAUGCUGGUGGAAGAGGAAAAGGUCAUUUCGAUACUGGGUUCAAAAGUGGCGUUCACAUUCUUAAAGAUAAGAGCAAGAUUGCUGACAUCGCUAAGGCCAUGUUGGGGAAUAAAUUGAUCACGAAACAGACUCCUCCAGGUGGUGUUCCAGUUAAUCACGUCAUGAUAGCGGAAUCAGUCGACAUUUUUGAGGAGAAAUAUCUUUGUUUCAUUCUGGACAGGAGUCAAAAUGGUCCAGUUUGUAUUGCUUCUCCUGCUGGAGGAAUGGACAUUGAAGAAGUUGCUAAAAACACUCCAGAAAAAGUAAAAACAGUCCCAAUUGAUGUUAUGAAAGGUAUCUCCUCCUCUACUGCAAAAGAAAUUGCACAAUUUUUGGAAUUUGAUGCCUCUACUGUUGAUCAGGCCGCAUCGGAAAUCGUAAAGUUGUACAAUGUAUUCACUAAAUACGACGUAACUCAGCUAGAAAUUAACCCUCUUGCUAAAACUAAUAGAGGAGUGAUUGCCGUGGAUGCGAAAGUCCUUAUUGAUGAUAAUGCUAGUUUUAGACAGAAACAGACAUUUGAUGAAGCAUCAACUGCAGAAGAUGAUCCAAGAGAAGUAGAAGCGGCCAAGUUUAAUCUUAAUUAUAUUCAAAUGGAAGGAAAUAUUGGAUGCUUAGUUAAUGGUGCUGGACUGGCAAUGGCAACUAUGGACAUUAUCAAGCUUUAUGGGGGUCAACCAGCUAACUUUUUAGACGUUGGGGGUGGUGUUUCCGAAACUGCUGUCACUGAAGCUUUCCGAAUCAUAUCAUCUGAUCCCAGCGUCAAGGCUAUUUUAGUCAAUGUCUUUGGUGGAAUUGUAAACUGUGCUAUCGUGGCUAAAGGGGUUGUUGCAGCCGUUAAAAAUGUGGGAUUAACAGUGCCUCUUAUAGUUCGUUUGGAAGGGACUAACGUGGACAAUGCGAAACAGAUUUUGAAAGAUUCUGGUCUCAAAAUAACGUCAGCAGAAAAUCUGGAUGAUGCAGCAAAGAAAGCAGUUGCAUGUCUAUCAUGAUGUUGAUUCGUCGCGUAGCCAUCUCCCAAGGGGACCCUUGCCUAGAGUAAAUUCAGAUUAGAACUUAGUUUAUUUUUCAGAUGAGUUCCACUCUUCCUUUAAUGAAUUUGUUGAAAAGAUAAAUUUUAAUUUACUCAAUUCCAGCAACUCAAAAUUCCAAGUGUACAUGACAUGACAGAGGAAUAAAUUAUGUAUAUUAUCAUACAAUGA